GCCGCAUUGGUGGUAGUAGUGGAGGGGUGGAAGGUCUUAAGAGCACGCUGUAUAUAGAAAAUUUGACAUUCAGCUCUCAAAGUGCGACUAGAUCAGUUGUCGAAAAAUCAUCGGAGUUCGAUAAUUAUUAGUGCUUUCGAUAGUUAUUGGAAAACGUUUUCGAAAAUGAAGAGUGUGAUUACACAUACUACUGCUAUAAUUUCGGAGAGCAGAAAGAUAAGAAAACCAUUGAUGGAGAAAAAACGUCGAGCAAGGAUAAACGACAGCCUUGAAACCCUGAAACAAAUACUCCUGGACUCGAAAACCCUAGUCAGGGAAGGGGCCUGCAAGAAAAGCGGACAACGAACUGCGAAACUGGAAAAGGCGGAUAUUCUGGAAAUGACUGUACGUUACCUGCAGCACCUCCACCAAAAGGUCAACUCAAUACAAGAUCAAACCAAGCCGAAACAACAAGAAUACGUAGUCAGAUCAGCAGCAGACAGUUCUACCGAAAACAUCAAGUUAGGAUUAACUCUCAUACCUACAAAGCUCAAAAGUGGAGAGGUGGUUUUUGUUGUUCCCUCUACAGAUCUCAAAGAAACGAAAACACACAAUACGAAUAACGAGGGUUAUGCAAUGAAAAUUGAGGAUAAAGUCUGGAGACCUUGGUGACCAUCCAAAGCAUACAAUUGAAACGAACUGGCUGUGAUUUUUGUACAAAUUGUAAAUAUGUUGUUAAUAAAUUGAAUUUUUAUUUUUCAUUUCAUAA